UAUGGAAUGCCCUGUCUAAAUGUAGCCUGGUGUAUCUAAGUCACAGAGACACAUUUUAGGCCCACUUUACCUCAGUUUGUGCACCUGCAAUAGAAUAAAUGACAAAAACUAUAUUAUUAUAGCUAGCCUAUCAAAGUAUUCUAUCAAACAUCUGGGUGAAAGAGCAUCCCAGUUGGCUAACCGUUUUAGCAGAGUGAUAGGGGCGCUGUUCUCUGUCCUGGUUGCAGUGUUCUGUUAUUGAAAGAGGACAACAGCAUGGGGGAAGCCGAGGUUGUUCCAGCCGACGAAAAACAGGCAGACUCGGGGAUCAAUCCCAUCGAAAACUCGGUGGUAUGGAGUCAAGAAGUCGAGGUGUGCCUGUUCCAUGCAAUGCUAGGUCACAAACCUGUAGGGGUAAAUCGUCACUUUCACAUGAUCUGCAUUCGGGAUAAAUUCAGCCAGAAUAUUGGGAGGCAAGUGUCAUCAAAGGUGAUCUGGGACCACCUGGGAACUAUGUAUGACAUGUCAGCCUUGCAUGAGUCCGAAAUAUUGCCGUUUCCCAACUCAGAGAAGAGCUUCAAUCUUCCAGACGAGAUUAUUGAAGCGGUAAAAGAAGGUAAACUGGUAUCCGAGGACGACAUGAAAGACGAUUUUAAAGAAGAUCGAGACCCCCCAGCCAUGCAUGAAGAAGGCAGCAACUCCUCGGUGAAGAUGACAGAGAGGGCGGUCAGCAAAGACAAGGACAGAGAAAGAGACCGAGAGAAGGGUUCCGCUGAGGGCGGCCCAGGGAAGGAGGCAGCAGACAAGAGGAAGAGGAACCGUGCCACUGAGAAGGUGCUCAACUCCAGCAGCAACCCCUCCAGCCCCGGUGGAGCCAAGCGGAGAAGGACAUAGGCCAAGCCACCAGGAGGUGCCCCCGAGAUAUCAGCCACUGCAGAGAGCAGGAGACACCAGGGGGAGGAGGAGAGACCUGGGACUGGAGAGACUCAUCUGUGAAGCGUGGGGGAGAGAAUGACAGGAGAGUGACAUUUUAUGAGUAAUAGAUAAUAGAGCUAUUUGGACAAUGCUGAAUUUGUGGACAGGUAUCCAGGAUACCUCAUGAAGAACUUUUAUCCCCAUGGAAGCUGCAAUUUUAGACGUAUGUUGUGUUUUCUCAGAACAACUAGAAAUAUGUAGCAUUCCCCAUUGUCACACAAUCUCUGAAAGCCACACCGCAAUAGCAAUGCGAUGACUACAACACUGAAUCGUAUCGGUCAUGAUGAUCAAUAUACUGUCACAGCAUCUGGUAUAUUUGGACCAUCCCCUCCCUCCUGUCCUCAGCUGUGCUGUGGAUCAGAGGCCAGCAUCCCAGUUUAGUAAUAUUGACACAAUUCAAGCUGACGCAUAUCAAUGCUUCUGCACUGACAUCAGAAUAAGUGUAAUGGUACUAAUGCUUGUGUUCAGGCUUGUGUUAUGUGAAGUUCUCUUGUUUGGCGUUGGAGAAAUGCUGGACCACUAAAUCACAGCAAUACGCUGUAUGUGACUGGCUGGACGCUUGUAUUAAUUGAUUGUCAUUUUUCUAGUUCUGAACUGUUACAAGUGGUUAUAAACACAUGUAUAGAGCUAUUUCUGGUAGCUUACCUUGUCCACCUCUUCCAGUUAUUGCCAACCAGAUUGUCAUUGUGCCUCGUUAUAUCUGUAUAAACUGUAGUUGCCAGUGGUGCAAAAUGUUGGUAAUUUCCCCCUUUUUUCUACAGUAAUUGUUUUACGUAAUUUUGUCCUUAGGGAUUAUCGAAUCUGCAUUUUUUGGUAAUUGCUCAAAUGUAUUUUUCUGUCUGUCUCAAUGACUGACUUUUCAGAAUAAAAUAAAACGAUGUGUAGGUGUAGCUGUAGUAUCCUUCCAUGUGAGAUUUAUUCGUUUUUUGUCUAUUUAUUUGACCUAUUCCAUUUUAAGGCAUAAUUCCCAUUAAAUAUGAGUUUUGACUAA